AUGGCCCUCAUCCACACAAGUUUAACAAGGCUGAUGAGAUUUGCAGUCGAUCAGACGAAGGAUAUUAUUGAGCCAUUGGUGGUAGCGAAGGUUCUCACGGAAUUCAGUGAAAGUGAAAAUGAUGGAUUAUCGCAUUACGCUCAUUAUGCCAAAUUUCACAAUUAUUUAGUACCGAAUAUGGCGAAACUUGCGGAAUACAGUAUUGAGGAGCGUGUUCGAGUCAUUUUUGGAUUCGCUGCAGUAGUUUCCGAUGAUUUUCUGAAGCAAAUUCAAAGAGAAGGCCUUGUUCAGCUCGAUGAGAAAAAUCGAAUUUGCAAAUUUACUUCUCAUGAUAAAAGUGGAAGUUGGAAGGAGAUCACAGUCCCUCGGCGAGGAUCAAAAGGCAGUGGUCAAUGAGAGUCCCGAGCUUGAUGAAUUUGAUGAAUUUUCUUGUUGAAAAAACGAAGGACAUCAUUGAGCCAAUGCUGGCGAGUGCAGCGUUCAGAGAAUUCAGUGAAAGCGAAGAUGGAGGAUUACCGGAACAUGCCUAUUAUAAUCAUUUUCACAAAAAUGUGGCACCGAGUAUGGCUAAACUGGAGAACUACAGCAUCGAAGAACGUGUUCGUGUCAUGUUUGGAUUUGCUGGCGAAGUCACCGAUGAUUUUCUGAAAGAAAUCAGAACAAUAGGAGAUGUUAAGCUGGAUGAGAUGAACCGAAUUUCCAAGUUUACCUCAACUGAUGGAAAGCUGAAUUUGGAAGGAGAUAUUAGUCAUUCGGCGAGAAGGAAAAGAAGCGCGGCAUUUUAUCGAAAGAUAGACCACCAAUGUAGUAGUACGAAUGAUUCGAAGUCUACAAGAAAUAGCGGAAGAAAGUCCGACUCGAAAUCCUCUGACAAAAGUGGCAGUGACGAGGAUGGCGUGGAAUCUCCGAAAAAAGCGAGAAGUGAAAAAUCUGCUGAUCCUGCAAUGCAUGCUUCAUCCGGAAGUGACGACGAUGAGGUGGAGGAUGUCGGAGCGGUGGACGAAGAGCCGGUGCUUCUGCCGAUUGAUGUCGAACGUGAUGAAAUCGAUAGUCAAGAUGUGGCAGAUAAUUCGAGUAUUGAUCAUUCACCGGCACGAGUAUCUGAAAGUGACGAUGAAGAGUAUAUUAGAGAUGUGAACGAAGAAUUUGAUGAAUUUCACAACAGAGAUGUAUCACAUCACAACUUGCAUAUCGAUCAUUUGCAAGCCUACAAUCAACCAUUUCCUGAGGAUCAUUCAAACGAAAGUGACAAUGAGGUGGUGUAUAUUGGAGCAGUGGAGGGACAGCCGAAGCCUGAACCGAUUGAUUUUGAUUUUUAUCAAAUCUAUAAUAGAGAUGUAUCGCAUACUGAAUCAAAGAUCAUAAGUUUGCAUGACUUCCUGAAAUCCCUGAUCCAAUUCAUUUGUUUUCUCGAAAGUUCGGAGCUCACUGAGAUCAAGCAGCAAAUCAAGGAAUCGAUUAGAACUGAAGAAGAUGAGAACUUGCAAAUCACUGAUCUUCGUACAGUCCUCGAUGCAUUCUUCUUCGGAAUCAGUCGAAAAACUAGAGUAGCCGCGGCAAUUCCCCCAGCUAUGAAGAUGAAGGAUUUCCUGGUCAAAUUCAAGUUAUUUCUUCUCGGAUUGGAUUCCUCCGAGCUUCUAGAGCUUCAGCAGAAGGUUCAAGAAAAUAUUGAUGAGCAAAGGAAUUGGCAGAGAAGGUUCUUCCGAUCAGCGACGUUCGUCAAUCUCUCCAAAACCUGCUCUCCACAAUUUCUCAAUAUUAAAUUAUUUAAAUUUUGUUUUGUUUUUGUUGAAUUUUUUGUUGCAAAAUAG